AUGUCAUAUUUCAACACCACCAGCUUCACCAACCCCCCCACCUUCAUCCUGCAGGGCAUUCCGGGCCUGGAAGCAGCCCAUGUCUGGAUCUCCAUCCCCUUCUGUGUCAUGUAUGCCCUAGCCCUCGUAGGGAACAUCACCAUCCUCUUCGUUGUGAAGAUGGAGCCGAGCCUCCACGAGGCCUGCCUCACCCAGAUGUACUUCAUUCACUGGUUUGCAGCGAUCGAGUCUGGGAUAUUGGCCGCCAUGGCUUUGGAUCGCUACUGGCAUAGUAGAACCAACAUCAUCCCUGAGCCGUACUGUUCGCACAUCGCCGUGGUGAAACUGGCCUGCGGUGACAGCAGCGUCAGUAGUUACUACGGACUCUUUGUAAUGCUUUGUGUGGUUGGUCUGGAUGUGAUUUCUAUUGCCAUCUCCUACAUGCUGAUCCUCAGGGCCAUCUUCAUCCUCCCCACAAAGGAUGCCCGGCUGAAGACCUUUUUGACCUGUGGCACACACCUCUGUGCUAUUGUAAUAUUUUACAUCCCAAGUGUCAUCUACUCCCUCAUGUCCCGUUUCGGAAAGAAUUUUCCCCUGCAUGUCCAUGUUCUCCUUGGCAACAUGCACUUCCUGCUGCCCCCCAUGCUCAAUCCGAUCAUCUACGGGUGGCCAUAUUGUAGAACCAACAUCAUCCCUGAGCCGUACUGUGUCCACAUCGCUGUGGUGAAGCUGGCCUGCGCCGACACCCGCGUCAAUAGUUACUAUGGACUCUUUGUGCUGUUCGGUGUGGUUGGUUUGGAUAUGAUUUUUAUUGCCUUAUCCUACUUGCAGAUCCUCAGAGCCAUCUUCAACCUCCCCACAAAGGACGCCCGACUCAAGACCUUUUUGACAUGUGGCUCACACCUCUGCGCCAUCGGAAUCUUUUAUAUCCCAAGUGUCAUCUAUUCCCUCAUCUACCGUUUUGGACAGAAUUUUCCUCAGCAUGUCCAUGUUCUCUUUGGCAACAUGCACUUCCUGCUGCCCCCCAUGCUAAAUCCUAUCAUUUAUGGGGUGAAGACCAAACAGAUCCGGGCCCGGCUGCUCGGGCUUGUUACUCGUAAAUAG